UGCGUUGUUAUUAGUGAGUGGAGAGGGGUGGAUUAGGUUUUCAAGCAAGAAGUGCCAAGCUGUUGAAACAGAUACACGAAGUUGUAUUUUUGCAUCAAAAUGGAAUUGUGGCUUGAAGAACGUGCGCUCUCGUGGGAUUGAUGUAUGUGUAAUGGGAUUGCUGUACUACUCAACUCGCCUGUGGAUUGUACAAUAUAUCGGGGGCUUCUCUUUUUCCCGUCUCCCUAUCUCGGACUGGAUUGAUUGAGUAAGCGGCAGCUCAGAUCCCGGAGAGGUUUUGCUGAAUUAUUUUACCGUUAUUUUAGAGCCAUGAAUCUUUGGCUAUGUCAGGGGAUGUUGCGAUUUUUUAGAUAGACUAUGAAUUCAACAGGAUGGGUGCGAAUAAUGGCAAACAGUAUGGUAGUGACGGCAAAGGCAGUUCAAGCAUCUCAUCCGACGUGAGUUCAAGUACAGAUCACACACCCACCAAAGCCCGAAAGAAUGCAGCUACCAGUGAAGACUCCGACUUGAGCAUACGGACCCUGAGUACUCCCAGCCCUGCACUGAUAUGUCCGCCAAGCUCUCAGGCCUUCAUAAAUGGAAAAGCCUCCUCUACUUCCUCAUCCUCUGUCACCGGGGAGACGGUCGCCAUGGUCCACGCUCCACCCGUCACAUGCCUGCCCCGCCCCAACGUCAAGCCAGCCGCUAGGAUGCAAAAGGAACAGGCCCCAAUUGACAUUCUUCCAGAUCAAGCUUUCCUCCAGAUCUUCUCCCAUCUGCCCACCAAUCAGCUCUGCCGUUGCGCUCGGGUGUGCUGCCGCUGGUACAACCUGACAUGGGACCCCAGGCUGUGGAGGACUAUUCGCCUGACAGGGGACACAGUCCAUGUGGACCGGGCCCUGAGGGUGCUAACUCGAAGACUGUGUCAAGACACACCAAACGUGUGCCUUAUGUUGGAGACUGUUAUUGUUACUGGCUGCCGGCGGCUCACUGACAGGGGACUCUACACCAUUGCACAGUGCUGUCCUGAACUGAGGAGGCUGGAGGUGUCUGGAUGUCAUAACAUAUCUAACGAGGCAGUCUUUAAUAUUGUUUCGCGAUGCCCUAACUUGGAGUAUCUGGAUGUUUCAGGCUGCUACAAUGUGACCUGCAUCAGCCUGACACGGGAAGCCUCAGUCAAGCUGUCCACGAUGCACGGCAAGCAGAUCUCAAUCCGCUACCUGGACAUGACAGACUGCUUUGUUCUGGAGGACGAGGGGCUGCACACCAUCGCGGCACACUGCACUCAACUCACCCACCUCUACCUGCGUCGCUGUGUGCGCAUCACUGACGAGGGGCUGCGCUACCUGGUCAUCUAUUGCACCUCUGUGAAGGAGCUGAGUGUCAGCGACUGCCGCUUCGUCAGUGACUUCGGCCUGCGUGAAAUUGCCAAGCUGGAGUCACGCCUGAGAUACCUCAGCAUCGCCCACUGUGGGCGCAUAACUGACGUGGGCAUCCGCUACGUGGCCAAGUACUGCAGCAAGCUGCGUUACCUCAAUGCCCGGGGCUGUGAGGGCAUCACGGACCACGGCCUGGAGUAUCUCGCCAAAAACUGUGCCAAGCUAAAGUCCUUGGACAUUGGCAAGUGCCCUCUGGUAUCUGACGCCGGCCUGGAGUUCCUGGCUUUGAAUUGCUUCAACCUCAAACGGCUGAGCCUCAAGUCGUGCGAGAGCAUCACAGGCCGGGGCCUGCAGAUUGUGGCGGCCAACUGUUUUGACCUGCAGAUGAUGAACGUGCAGGAUUGUGACAUCUCGGUGGAGGCUCUUCGGUUUGUCAAGCGCCAUUGCAAACGGUGUGUGAUAGAGCACACCAACCCGGCCUUCUUCUAAAAAUAGGUGUAACCCUUUCAUCCUUAGAGAGACUCCGCUGUAGAAAUGACAGCUGUCUGUGGCAAUGAGCUGCCAGGGUCCACCUAUUUGGAUUUGAAACUAAAGGUAAACUAAAGCUGGGGACUAAUGUUCAUCAAGAAGGAGAAUCUUUUUCUAUAGCAUUAUCAUUAGGCCUUUUUUUUUUUUUUUACUAUUUUCAACAUGGAGGGUUGCACUUUGUAAUACAAAAAAAAAAAAAAAGGUUAAUAUAGUUUCAGAAUUAUUCACAAUGAGGUUUACAUGAAGGCAGUGCCAUUAGUAGAACUAUAUGGCCCUACAAAGAGUACUUAACUAUAUUACAGCCUUAUUGAGACUCCUCUCUUCUCAGCAGGGUCCAUUUAAAUGAGCUAAACAGCAGCUGAUCUUAACACAUUCUCUAAUGGGGACAUAUACUUCAGUGUGUGUGUGUGUGUGUGUGUGUGUG